AUGUUGGGAGAGGGAACGUCCUUCCAAGCCUGGCAAGACGCCUUAGAACGGCGAGAGCUGGGUCAAAAUCCCCUCAAAAGCAUUGAUCCAAUACACAAACACACCAGAAAGACCUUAUAUCAACGAGAUGUCAAAGGACACACCGGAUGCGUAAACGCUCUCGAGUUUUCAACUGAUGAGAAUUACUUACUGAGCGGUAAGCACACCUUGUUAUGUUAUCCUUCCUUUAGGUGGAGACGAUUGUCGAGUUUUCCUUUGGAAUGCACAUGACUUAUUGUUGACUCAGGAUCCAAAACCUUGCAAAAUAAUGGACACAUACCAUACCUCAAAUAUCUUCUCUGUGGACAUCUCGACUGACGGAAAAGUCGGAUUCUCAGCUGGGAAUGAUCGAAUGUUCUAUGCUCACGAUUUGGAAAGCGGCUCCGGAGUGUACAGUUUAAUUGGAGGAGGAUCGUUCCAUCGAGUUGAUGCUCAUGUCAGUUUAAUCCGCACGUAAAUGAUGAUGUUUUAGCCGACAUCAGAUAAUAUUUGUGUGGCCACCAACGAAGAUGGCCGGUUUCAUAUUGUGGAUAUCAGGGCCAAAGAACAAACCGCGUACAAUGUGAAGUGUUGUGCUUAUUCCGCAGUCUACAACCCACAGCAUCCGGAACUUCUUUUGAUUGCAACCAGGAAGAAAGGAAUGACCAUUAGGGAUAUCAGGAAACCGGAAGAGUAGGCGACAACUAAAAUAUUGGAGUUGAAUAUUUAGUGACAUGAUCACUUUUAAUGACGGCACCCAUAACAGGACAAAGAAAGCGACAUUUGCAAGAUGGUCGCCUAAUGGGGAAUCUGCUGCAGCUGUUAUUUCCGGAGCCGGUUUGGUAUAUUGUAAUGUAAGUGUUGCAUAAUGUUAUGUAACUGAAGCUAGGUAUAUUCUGAAAAGAUGAUAGGCUUAUAUGACCCGGACUACGUAAAUUCGUGUACAAUGAAGUCUUGUGAGUUUAUUGGAGAGGAUUACAUUCUCUGUGGAAGUGACAAAUGGGAUAUUUAUGCGUGGAAGAUUCCCAAGAAUCAACAAGAUGGUAAGUAACCGCGGUAAAACUGAUUUUUAUGAUAAUUUUUUAGUCACUGAAGUCGCAGAGGCUGUGAAAUUGGAAGGGCACCGAUCUAUUGUCAACCAUAUUCGUUAUAGUUCAGCCAAUAAUUUAAUCGCUUCGUCCGGGGUUGAAAAAGUAAUCAAGGCAAGUGUAAUAUACGAUGUAUUGAAUUUGUUUAGUGUUGGUCGCCUUAUGAAAUGCCAAAGUCGUACCGAGAUCCGGUCAGGAGAGAGAUGAGUGAUCCGUUCGCUAUGAAUGGAGAUUUCUUUGAGCAUGACAUCGAUUCCGUGGAGGAAGAUCUGGCCACAUUGGCACAAUUCGAUCAGUACUUGGUAAGUCUUUUGAUUGUGCUGACUCUGAGGUCUCGUUAUUUAUAAUGAAUUAUUUUGUUGUUUCAGAGACAAGCGAUGAGUAGUGCAGGGACUUCGUUGGAUGACUCUAGUGACGAUGAUGAACUAGAUAGCAGAAGUCUCGGCGAUAUACUCAGAUUCGCAGUAUUCCGCUUUAACCAGGUAGGGAAGUUGUUGAAGGGAUUACGGUUAAACAUAAAUAUUCGCGUUGAUUUUUUUAAAUGACCUAGUGCGAUGUAAUUUUCGUAUUUAGUAUGACGAUCUCGUUGAUGAAUUUUUCACUGAUGAGGAGUAUGCAAAUGAUGUCCAAACGUCUGCCUCUAGCAGUGACAAUGAGGAAGUCCAAGAGAUGCCUGCCGACUAA